AUGAAUGUUGAUAUGGAUGACCGGUCGUGUAACAUCCAUCCUGACCGAGAAACCGAAUACUUCUGUGCCCAAUGCAAAGUCCCUGUGUGCAUCAAAUGUAUGUUCAUGAACCAUAACGGCCAUUCUCUGUGCCAGAUGGAAGGUGUCCUCAAACAGAUUAGGAAGGAAUUCAUUAAUAUUGAUAACAAAAUCGGCAAAGCUCACCUUUAUCUCAAGGAAAUUGAUCAAAUGCGACAGAAAAUAGCUGAGUACAAGCAAAAACAAACUGAAAUUAUCGAAAGUGGUUUCAGAGAGAUCUUCUAUAAUCUUGAGCAAAAGAAAAGGAAGCUAAUACAAGAUUUUAAUAAACUGUAUGAGAGAGAAGAGCAAAAGUUUGAUGAGCGUUACAGACCCCUGAAAAGAACCCAAGAGACUGUCCUACAGAUAGGUAGGAAUAAUAUUCAGUUUAAAUAACAUCAUUGAGACACACUGUAAACAAGCCGUUCUGAGAAGAUUCCAGGAUUUUAACAAUCAUAUUUCUAAUUCAUUAGGGCAACUAAAUAAGAAGCUCAGAGAUUAUGAGGGAGGAAUCCCGAAGUAUGUUAUGAGCUCUGCAUUAAAACCGAUUACUAUAAAUGUAGAGAAAGCUGUAAAACUUAUAAUGAAUUUCAAACUUGAGCGAAACCCUUCUACCUCCAAACCGACUAGGAUUGACCAUAUUCCUGAAAUUUCUAAAAGGAAUUCUAGUCUUAGACAUAUUGAUAAUUUUGAAGAUGAGCUCAUGAACUUACCGUCUGUUUCAACCAAAAACUUAAAGAACCAGCAGAAGAUUGCUGAUGAUAUCAAUAAUUUUGCAAAAAGUAGGAAUAUGCUAUCAUUCAAGACCACCAAGACUUAUGAGAAAUAUCAAAAUGAAAAAUACUCUACCUUUAUUCCUCAAAAUAUUAAAAUGGAUUCAUAUAGAGGGUUGAGUCAGCAGAAAACACUUCCGAAUGAUCCUUUUGAGAUUACCUUGAGGAAGGGUUCUCAAGCAACUUUGCCAAGAGAGAGGUGUAGUCAGGAUAAGGUUCCUUUAAAAGCUCCGUUGUCAAAGUUUGUUCCUCCAAUGGCUUCUAAAGUUCCUCCCAAAGCUCCUAUCAUCAAGAAUGAAGAGUUGAUUUCAACUCCUAAAAAGUAUGAGGAGACGAAAGAGUUACCUGCUCUAAAUAACGAAGCCCCGAAGAAAAUAUCCCUAGAUCUUAAGGACAAGCUUGAGUUUCGCAAGCAUAAUUCUAGGAAGACAAUUGCUCCAGAUCUUGGCAGCGGCUUCAUGCCAAUUCUCCCCCAGAAUGAGGACCAAGAAAAUUCGAAUGAGAACCCCAAUACACAACAUCAAGAAUCAAAAAUGAUAUCUGAGAUUACUCCAAGUGACCAGGAGGAGAAGAAUAGUCUUAAAGAAGAAAGUCCUCAAAAGGAUAAUAAUCAGAAGGAUAGUUAUGAGAAGAUUUCCAAAGCUUCUUCAGUAGCAGAGGAAAAUAAGAAUGAAAUCAGCCAGGCACCUCCAGAAAUCACGAAAGAUCCUCCUCAUAACUUGAUCCAAGAAGCAGAAUCGCCACUUAUAAAACAACCUUUGAAGGAUAGGAUAUGAUUUAUUGGUAAUUCAGAUACCGUUAUCGAGUAUAUUCUCGAAACAAAUACUUGGAAUAGCGAAAGGAUUGAUUAUUCAACAGCAGCUUUAAAAAGCCCAAUGAUAAAUCCCUCAAUUUGUCAAAAUCUUACAACAAAUGAAGUCUUCAUGACUGGGGGCUACAAGAUCAAAAAUAGGGCGAAAGCAGCAUUUUCUUCAUUUUACCAAAUAAUAUUUCCAAAAACUUCUAGAGACAAUUUCGAGUUUGAGACAAAGGAGGUUAUGCUUAACUCACGUUUUAUGCAUAACUCCUUAUGAACCGAUACACAUCUCUACGUACUUGGAGGGUGUCAGCUCAUGUCUAUUAUGGACGGUAAAUUAGUCAUCACCUCUCGUACAAUGGAAAGGUAUGAUUUCUCUAAGAAAAUAUGGGAGAAAAGAGCCCUAAUGAACACACCUAAGAAGAAAAUGGCAUCCAUCGAGUUUCGAAAUCAGUUUAUAUACGUAUUUGGAGGGUUUAGUGACAAAACUUUGCUCGAUACGAUCGAAAAAUAUGAGAUUGAGCAAAAUUUAUGGACUGUUUUGAGCCUGAAGUUACCAGUUCCCAUGGGCAAUAUCGGCAUAUCGAGAUAUUCUCAGGACAAAACUGCCAUACUCUUAGGAGGAGUCUGUACAUAUGAUGGUAAAAGUCUUAGCUAUCUAGACACUGCUUACAAAUUCAAUGUUGAUACUGAAAAGAUUAUAAAGAUGGCUAAAAUGAAUUCAAAAAAGUACUUCACAGCUCCUUUAAUCAAAAACGAGGAUACAAUCUUUGCUAUUGGUGACGGUGAGGAUCUCAAAUUAGAAAAAUUUGAUAUACGCAAGAGUAAAUGGGAAUCUAUCUCGAUUAACAAUUUAUUGCCACCAUCACAGAAGAUAUCAGAUAUGGUUCCUUUUCUGAUCACAAAUUCUUCAUAA